AUGACAGAGGAUAAUUAUCGACCUAUAUCCCCCGACCUCUCUUCUCCAUUCCCCUCCAAUCCUAAUCCGAAUCCGAUUCCUCCUCCGCACGCGUCUAGUUCCCCCCUCACUCACCGUGCCUCCUACGACGAGUCGCCUUUCUUCAACACCUAUCAACGUCCAGGCUCAAGCUCUGGUCUCAGUCGCGUACCCCAACAGUACGUGCCGCCUUUUCAAGCCGGCUUUGACGAUAUGGCCCGUCGUUCCUCUCGACUCCAACACGACGACGCGCCUGCGCCUCUUCCCGAAGCUCAGCUCUACACCGAAGCUCCCCCGGUGAUGGCUGUCGCGCCACCAAUGGAGAUGGACGAACCUCCGCAUGCACCUCCGGCUGCUCCCAUCGAAGUCAAGACCAAGUUCCCUGUCGCCCGCAUCAAGCGCAUCAUGCAAGCCGAUGAGGAUGUCGGCAAAGUCGCGCAGGUCACCCCGAUCGCCGUUUCCAAGGCACUCGAGCUCUUCAUGAUCUCUUUGGUCACCAAGGCCGCCCAAGAAGCCAAAGACCGCAAUUCCAAGCGCGUCACCGCAUCUCAUCUCAAGCACGCGGUUGCCAAGGAUGAGGUCCUCGAUUUCCUGGCCGAUAUUAUCGCCAAAGUACCAGAUCAACCCGCUGGGCGCAAACAUGAAGAUGGCGAAGGCAGCGAUCAAAAUGAAGGUCGCCGGAAGCGUGGCCCGCGCAAACCGAAGGAGGAGAGUGAUUAG